AUGGCGAAAAAGGCGAAAAAGGGACAGAAGUCCGGUGAUGAUAUUUGGGAUGAUGAAGAUAUGUAUGAACAGCCUGCAUCUGAAGAAUUUGGAUCCGAUCCAAUCGAGGAUGGAGAAGAACCUAAGGAAGCAGAGGAAGCUACUCCAGAUGAUUUUUUGAGCUCCAUCAGAACUUCUAAACAAAAGAAGGAGGCCAAGGAAAAGGAGGAAAAGGAGAAGAAGGAUGUUCCAAAGUUAUUGAGUAAGAAAGAAAAAGAGAAGUUAAAGAAGGAGGCAGAAAAGCAGGCGAAGAAGGAAGCUGCAGCAAAGAAGAAAGCAGAUCAAGCUGCCAAGAAAGAGCAAAUAAAGGAAGCUAACAAGCAGAACGCUGCUUCGAAUGCUCAGAAGAAGGUCGCCUCGAGUGAGACUCCAACUCCCGAACCCGAAGAGAAGAAGGCUGCCCCUGCAAAGAAAGGAGGUAAAAAAGCACCUGCUGGGCUUGCGGCAUUAAAGCGUCAAUUGGAAUUGAAGAAGCAAAUGGAAGAUGAACAACGCCGUCUUGAAGAAGAGGAGGAGCAGCGUCGCAUUGACGAAGAAAAGCUGGCAGAGGCAGCUGCUGCAGAGGCCGCUGCUGCCCGUGAGGCCAAGAAGGAGAAGGAGAGAUUGAAGAAGGAGCGUUUGAAGGCCGAAGGUAAACUCUUGACCAAGAAGCAAAAAGAAGAAAAGCGUGCACAAGAGCGUCGUCGUGAAUUGCUCUUACAAUCUAGCGAUAUUCAAGUUGCUGGAUUAGAAAAGAAGAAAGCUGGAGAAGUUGAAUCGGAGAAAAAGCCAAAGAGAAUAGUGUACACUAAAAAGAAGUCCACCAAACCCAAAACCUUUGUGCAGAAAACCAACAAUGCACCAGUUAAGGAAAACAAGGACGACGGUGAAGAUCUUGCAGACGACUGGGAGCAAAUGCUUGACGACGGAGACGUUGCAGAGGAUUGGGAGGGUGCAUUAGGAGCCGACGAGGAGAACAAUGAUGAUGAGAAAGAAGAUAAUGGUGACGAAAUGGAAGAGCUAGUUGAAGAGGAAGAAGAGGAUAAUGCUCAUGCAGAGGCAGCAGCAGCAGCAGCAGCAGCAGCAGCAGAAGCAGCAGCGCAAGAGGAAAAAGCGAAGAAGGAGGAAGAGGCAAAAGAGAAAGCAAAAAUACAAGCAAAGGCUAUCGAAGAUGCCAAACUAGUCCAAAAGUCCACCAAUUCCCCAAGUGAGAAGGAUUUGCGUUCCCCAAUUUGUUGUAUCUUGGGCCAUGUUGAUACAGGUAAAACGAAGUUGUUGGAUAAAGUUAGACAAACAAAUGUUCAGGGAGGAGAAGCUGGUGGUAUCACACAACAGAUUGGUGCAACAUAUUUCCCAGUUGACGCUAUCAAACAAAAGACUGCAGUUAUGGCAAAAUAUGAGAAGCAAGUGUUUGAUGUUCCAGGUUUAUUGAUUAUUGACACUCCAGGUCACGAAUCUUUCACUAACUUAAGAUCUCGUGGUUCUUCCUUGUGUAACAUUGCCAUUUUGGUGAUUGAUAUCAUGCAUGGUUUGGAACAGCAGACCCUCGAAUCUAUUAGAUUGUUGAGAGACAGAAAGGCCCCCUUUAUCGUCGCCUUAAACAAGAUUGAUAGAUUAUACGACUGGGAAGCGACUCCAAAUAAUUCUUUCCGUGAUUCUUUCUCAAAGCAAUCUAAAUCAGUACAGAAUGAGUUCCACAGCAGAUAUGAGCAGAUCAAACUUGCCUUGUCGGAGCAGGGUUUGAACUCCGAGUUAUACUUCGAGAACAAAAACAUGUCCAAAUAUGUUUCAAUAGUCCCUACGUCUGCUGUCACCGGUGAAGGUGUCCCUGAUUUAUUGUGGUUAUUACUUGAGUUGACUCAAAAGAGAAUGUCUAAGCAGUUGAUGUACUUGUCUAAGGUGGAAGCAACUAUCUUAGAAGUUAAGGUUGUUGAAGGAUUUGGUUACACUAUUGAUGUUGUAUUAUCCAAUGGUAUUUUACAUGAGGGUGAUAGGGUCGUCCUUUGUGGCUUGAACGGACCAAUUGCUACGAAUAUCAGGGCACUUCUUACCCCUCCGCCAUCUCGUGAAUUGAGAAUCAAAUCAGAAUACAUUCAUCAUAAGCAAGUCAAGGCAGCUUUGGGUGUUAAAAUAGCUGCCAAUGAUUUAGAGAAAGCUGUUGCUGGUUCCAGGUUGUUGGUGGUUGGCGAGGAUGACGAUGAGGACGAAAUGAUGGAGGAAGUCAUGGAUGACUUGACUGGUUUGUUAGAUUCUGUUGACACGUCCGGAAAGGGUGUGGUUGUUCAAGCUUCUACUUUGGGAUCUUUGGAAGCUCUCUUGGAUUUCUUGAAAGAUAUGAAAAUCCCAGUUAUGUCCAUUGGCUUGGGCCCAGUUUACAAGAGAGAUGUCAUGAAGGCAACCACUAUGUUAGAAAAGGCGCCCGAAUUAGCAGUCAUGUUGUGCUUCGAUGUCAAGGUCGAUAAGGAGGCUGAACAAUAUGCCGAGGAGCAAAAGAUUAAGAUCUUCAAUGCUGACAUCAUCUAUCACUUGUUUGAUGCUUUCACUGCGUACCAGAACAAGUUGCUUGAGCAGCGCAGAAAAGAUUUCAUGGAGUAUGCUGUUUUACCAUGUGUUUUGAAAACUAUUCAAAUCAUUAACAAGCGUAACCCUAUGAUAAUUGGUGUUGAUGUGAUGGAAGGUGCUGUGCGUAUUGGAACUCCAAUUUGUGCAGUGCGUAAAGAUCCUACUACUAACCAGCCAAAUAUCCUUGUAUUAGGCAAGGUUGUCUCUUUGGAAGUGAACCACAAGGCAUCUGAUGUUGUCAAGAAGGGUCAGACCGCUGCCGGUGUCGCUAUGAGAUUGGAGAAUCCAUCAAGUGCGCAGCCCGUGUGGGGUCGUCAUGUUGACGAGUCAGACAACUUGUAUUCCUUGAUUUCUAGAAAGUCCAUUGACACUUUGAAGGAUCCAGCUUUCCGUGAGACUGUCUCAAGAGAUGACUGGCUCUUAAUUAAGAAGUUGAAACCUGUUUUUGACAUUAAAUAA